AUGUACAUAACGGGGCUUCACGACGAUUUCGAAGAUGCCCUUGGGUUCGUUGGGAAUCUUACUUUCUCUAUGCUGUCCCCAACCUCCCAUGCCUACAUUUUCGAAACAGUCAUCCGCUACCUCGGCAGUGUCCAUUCAACAGUAAUGAAUCCUUGUCUAAGCGGAAAAGUUGCACUGAGAGGUUGUUCAUGUCAAGUACCUUCCGCCCGACAACUUAUCGGAACGGAAAAGUUGCAUUCAGAGUGGCGACACGCCAAGAUUCUCAUAGGCACAUGUGUCUGCUGGUUCCUUCUUGACAUUUCCAAAUGUAAUAUGCUGGAAACAAGGGAAUGGCUUGGGAACGUAUUUUUCAAAAUCUCUACAGGUGGUAUCAUCAUCAUGGCUUUGGCCAUGCUCCCCGGAUACUACGCGACCGUUUUGACAAUUGAGAUUCUUGGACGAAAGUGGAUUCAAGUUCAGGGAUUUCUGCUGGCCGCCCUCUUCCAUAGUGGGAAUCCUGGCUGGAAAGUUUUAUACCCUUGGUACGGCACCAUUUAUUGUGUGCUUUGCUUUCCUUCUUUAACUUCGGGCUCAACGCUACGACAUACUGUUACCCAGCAGAAGUAUUCCCAACUCGGUAUCGUGCAUGGAAUAUCGGCCGCUUGUGGUAAAAUAGGAGCUAUCAUAUAUGCACUAGCGUUUAACACGCUCAGUAAGAGAACAGGAACGCACGCUAUUCUUUGGAGUACGUUGCCUCCCCCUUUAAUGCCUUAG